AAAUACAUUAUUAGAAACCUAAAUACCAAAAAUUAAAUAAUAAAAGUGAAACAAAAGAAAAAAAAAAAGAAAAAAAAAAGAAAGAAAAAGAUUUGACUUCAUUUCUUCAACCCCUAAAAUCCCUAUUCGUUGCUCCCGCUCAAUUUUCACGCUAACACCUCAAAAUUUCCCCCAAAUCGGACCUGGCCUCUUUCUCUCUUCACCAUCGCCGUGCCCUGCCACCGCCGUCGCGACUCGCCGCCACGACCAGCGCCGCCCGGCACUCACUGCGCCCCCCAUCUCGUCGUCCUCUGUUUGUUUACCCGUAGCAGCAGCUGCGGAGAUAUCUCUCCAUCUCGAACCCGCGUCGCCUGCCACCGACCGUGUCGACUCGCCGUUGCCACGCCGGCCGUCUUCUCGCCGCCCCUUUUAACCCUAGGCGCCGCGAUAAACCCCAUUUUAGCUCGCAAAUCCCUAUCUGCUCUUCACGCGCGUCAGCUCGUAAACCCUAUUUUUUCCAAUUCCUCAUUUAAUUUAUGAUUGUUUCUCUUUGUUGUCAACAAUUCAUGGAGCUUCACGCUGUGAAUUCAGAUUUCAAUUAGAAUGCAGAAUUUAUUGGACUCGAGAAGCCAUUCAUCGAGCAUGCCGCUUUGUGGAUGAGUAUCUACUAUUGAAUACCUUUCUCGCUGGUUAUAGCCUCACAAUUGUAGAUGUUGCAGUCUGGACUGCUCUUGCUGCAUCGCCCUUAUCAAACGUUUGGCUCUUGACAGAGAGGUGUAUGCUCCAAAGGGUAUCCAAAUAUGGGAACUUUGGCCCUCGAAACCGAGUCCUAGCUCUCUCUCGACUCUCCUUGGUUAAGGGUAGCCGCAAUUAUCCCCUUUCGAAGCUAAGUUUCCUAUCCCAUCUCUUUUCUAUUGAUGAUAGUGUAAGAAAGAUAUCAGAACUUAACAUCUAUCAUUGAGCUUGCCAUGGCUAUCUUGUUCAUCUAUUUAUGACAAUAGUGGGCUAAGGUUUUUCCCAUAUUCUGUGUGUAUGCUAUUUGUUCAUCUAUUUGAAAGAAUUGAAGACAAGGUUUACCUUGAAGUCUGGUAGAGUAAUGAAUGAAGGCCCUCUUACUUUUCGGCUGUUGAAGUAUUACAUGAACUGAAACUUUUAUUUCUGGUAGCAGGUAGAUCAAUUUACUUCCCUGGUGAAUAAGGAAUGAGUGUAGAGGGUGGUUGGCUGAAGACUUGAGUUACCUACGAAAUGGUACAAUGUUGGGUGGCUGAUUUGAGCCCUUUGUGUACUAUGGUAUGGCUGGAGUAUGGGGUAGCUCAGCUGGUGUCUGGUGAGGCAGAGCUACCGUGAAGAAUAUAUGCAGCGAGGCAGACAAAAUAAUUCAGAUUGGUAAUUUGAAGCACCUCUUUCAAAUGCUAAUUAGUGUUUCUGAUUUUGCUGCAGGUUAUUUCGGAGAAGAACAGGAAAGAGAUCUCCAAGUACAGGCUAUUUUGGACAGGCAAAGCUAUAGUGGUUAUGGAAACGAGUGGUGCUGGAAAAUAUGGAUGGUAGCUCAGAUUAUGAAAGAGUUUUUAAGGAAAUAGAGGAGCACAGGAUUUGCAUACGCAAAGCGCUGCUUUAUGAAUCAUUUGCUUUGUUUCUGGAAGCAAAAGGCAGACUGAUAGAUGCUUGUAUGAUUUAUCAUCUUGGCAUCUCAAGAAAUGCUGAGCCACUGGGGAGACUAAAAAAAGCUCAGGUUCUAUUUCUCGAGAGAACGUCUGAAAGAGUAACUAAUGGAUCAUUUCAAAAGAUGAAAAAUGACAUUUCUGUAGAGGACGGAGAGAAUUUUAUUAAUCCAUGGUCUGUGUCAACCCUCAAAAAUCUACUGCAAAAGAUGAAUUCUAAAGUUGUGGAAUAUGAGGGAUACCAUUCAAGUAAUAAAGCAUAUCCUGGAAAAGUGGCGUUAUCCUCCUUGCAGAAAUCAGCUAAAAAUAAAGACAUCACUAUAGGUAGAGAGAAUUAUCAGAUCAGAGGUCGUGCAGGUCAGGGUGGGUUUGCUCAGGUGUUCAAAGCAUAUGUUGACGGCCAACCUGAUGAUGUCGUUGCCCUUAAGAUUCAAAAGCCUCCAUUUCCUUGGGAGUUUUAUAUGUACCGCCAACUCGACAUUAGGAUUCCUGAAAAAGAAAAGAGUUUUGGCUUUGCUCACAGAUUGCACCUCUAUUCUGACUACAGUGUCAUAGUCUCUGAUUAUUUUGCUCAUGGGACUCUACAGGAUGCCAUGAACUGUAAUGUGGUUACAGGUGGAUCUAUGGACGAAGUAUUAUGUAUCUAUUACACCAUUGAGAUGCUUCAAAUCCUAGAGACUCUGCAUGGUGCUGCAAUGAUCCAUGGCGACUUCAAACCCGAUAAUUUGCUCAUACGAUAUUCUAGGGAUGAUCCAACAGAGAGUGAUACUAGAUCAAUUGUAAAUGAUUUUCAAGACAUAUUAGGUUGACAGCAUACUUGGCGCCCGUGGCGAUGCUUUUGAGCAUGAGGCAACUAGAAGAAUGCGUAAUGAAUUUAUGGUAGCUUGGGAUGGCUUGAGGUCAAAAGACAACCGGAGAAUCAUAGCAGGUUGAUUAACUAGUUCUUGAGGACUUGGUGCUAGAAACAUUGUAUGAUAGAUUUUUGUUUUAGCUAUAAGGUAGUUGGUAUUUUCAAUUUUGAAUCGGAAUAUGCAAUGAUGAUGUAUACUUGAUAUUUGGUUCAUUUGUAUAAUAAUGUAUGAAUAUUUUGGAUGAUAUA